GGUCAAACACCGAGGAGCUAAUGAAGAAUCUUGCGCCUUUGUAUUAAUACAACAAAUAUACCCGACAGAAGACUUGGAUCUGACUCCAAAUUCAAAAUUCCGAUUAUUCCACCGUGAUUUCUUCGAUCUCUAGUUUAAGAUCUCACAGCGCGAGGUUUUGCUUGGAUGAUUAGCUACUGGAGGAUUUUUCUUUAAUCGAGCUUAACCACCACAUGAUGGACACUAAUGAUUCUGAAGUUGGAUUGGAGGUUGUCUUGGAGAUAGAUCCCAUUCUACAGGAUGCCCCUGCUCACAUCACACCCAACCCCCUACUUGCAGCAGUGAUGACUCCUUGGGAUGUAGCCCUGUGUGUGUCAGGUGCUUUAAUUUGCUGUGAGAAUGCAAUUGUUGUGGUGACUAUUCUGUCCUCGUCAUCUCUACGGGCACCCAUGUUCCUGCUGAUUGGCAGCCUAGCCUGGGCGGACUUCCUGGCAGGAGUGGGUCUGCUGCUGCAGUUCCUGUCUCAUUGGUAUGUGCCCUCAGAGGUGCUGGAGUUGGGGAGUGUGAGCUUGCUCGUGAGUGCACUGAGCGCAUCAGUGUUCUCGCUGCUAGGCAUAACCUUGGACCGAUUCCUGUCCCUCCACCGAGCCCUGACUUAUGGCUCACAGCGCACGCACACUCAUACCCGGUGGGCCCUGGCUGCAGGAUGGGUGCUGGCUGGCCUACAAGGGGCUCUCCCUGCCCUCGGCUGGAACUGUUUGGACGCUAAGCAGGCCUGUAGCGUGGUACGGCCGCUGACCCGGAUUCACUUGGCCACCCUCUGUGGGGGUUUCCUGUUGGCCCUGGCUCUAAUGCUGCAGCUAAAUGCCUGGAUCUGCCAAGUUGUCCUACGCCACUCACACCAGAUUGCGCUACAGAGACACACGUUACCUUCAGCACGCACGCACGCCCGUCGCCGGGUGCACACUCUUGCUUUUAUCCUCGCCACCUUCGCCAGCUGCUGGACGCCCUUCGCCCUGUACGGCCUCCUGGGUGAUGGAUCAUCACCUACCCUGUACACAUACCUUACACUGGUGCCAGUAACAGGGAACUCUCUGCUCAACCCUCUCAUUUAUGCCUAUAGAAACACGCACAUACAGAGAGCACUGAGGCAGGCCUUCUGUUGCUGCCUUCCAAACACAUCUCAGAAAUGCACACACACGCCCAGUGAUGUCUAAUUCAAAGCAAACGUCACAUUCUCAUGAAGAGCACAUUAAAAAAUGCUAUAUAGUGCCAUGAAAUAACAUGCUCUGAAAUCCAUUACCAGUGUCAAGCCCAUAAACAUAUGCACUUACAUAUUGAGAAAAAUUUCACUGUGCCAACAGAAAAGACCUCUUCCUGACUCCUUAUGAGUCAUGAAUGACAGUCACUGUCCUGCAGCAUUUAAAGUGUGUGCUGUUUUAUAUUUUCUUUGUUUUUAUUCUGCAUUCAAAAAUGCCUAAUUAAAACUGUUUAUCCUCAUUAGUUUUCAAUGUCACCAAUAGAAAUACAUAUUCCACAGCAGAUUUUCCAUUCAGUCAUAUUAAAGGAAAAUGAAAUGAUGUUUCAUUGUGAAUAGAAUUAUUUUAAUUGUUUUCAAUUUGUGCCUGAUAUUUCACAAACUCUGACAUUCAGAGAUUAUAGAUGUAAUUAAAAAUCAUUUGCACUUUACAACAGUUACUUGACGAAGUUUUAUUUGAAUGCUAUUACCAGUCAUGUAGGUCUAUUUAUUUGAUUAUUGAUCAAAUUAUUUGCCAUUUGAUACCUCUGCAAAAUGAUGGGUGUUUUUAUACUUCAUGUUUGUCCUGUUUGCACUUGUGAGAAAUUAAUGGUGCACAAAUUGUCUACAUGUGACUGAAUGUAU